AUGAGGGUGGUCGCGUUGAUAAGCGGGGGCAAGGACAGCUGCUACAACAUGAUGCAGUGCACACAGGCUGGACAUCAGCUGGUGGCUCUGGCCAACCUGCGCCCACAGCACACAGAUGAGCUGGACAGUUACAUGUACCAGACCGUGGGACACCAGGCUAUAGAGCUGUACGCCGAGGCCAUGGACCUGCCGCUCUACAGACGCACCAUCCAGGGCUGCAGUCUUGACACGAGCCGGGACUACAACCAGACCCCGGGGGACGAGGUGGAGGACCUGUACGAGCUGCUCCUCUCUGUCCAGAGGGUGAGGGAGGUGAUCCGGGGGCCCUCAUGUGUCCGCCAGGGGCCGGGCAGACGCUUCAGGCCAGUGCGAGCCUCAGGAGUCUUGUGGUCUGUGGAUGGGGAGUGA